UAUCGUCGCUUCCGUCUUCAAGAGGCAACGAAAAGUAAUUUACUGUGAUCAGACACUUCACCUCCACCACAGAGUGCACAGGGGAAAGGUGUCAUUUGGGAUUACUCCACAGUCUGUCAACACAAGACACCGUUGACUUUUGAUUCACCGAGACGAGUGAAGGAAAGGGGCCCCAAGUAAAGGAAUAUUUGUCGUUUGGCGUCAAAGAAAUUUAAGAUCGACAAAACGAAGUUAUUCAAGGCACUAUAUUCUGCAGCUUUAGCUUACGUUAUUUGACAACAUUACAUGAUUUUAAAACAAUUAAUAUUCGUCUAACUAAUCGUGUCAGGUUACGUCGUAGGCUCAGCGCAAAGGACUCGUGGCUCCGCUGGAAGUUCAAACCUGGAUUCGAUACUCAUCACCAAUGGACAGAAACAGCUGAGAAAGCGACACUACUUGGAUCGCUUUUACCCAUUGGUGAGAGCCCCCUCUGCUGGCCGGAGGCUGAUGGAGCACGGCUCAGAGAGUCCAGGCCAGAGGGAGACCCCUGGGAGUCCAGACGCUUGGCGACCAUCGUCGGGGAAGGCCACGCGCCUGGAGCUGAACGGCAGCCCUGCCCGGCCACAAAGCCACUUUAACGGCACCUUACACCGACCUUUAGGAGGCCUGAUGAUCCCAGUCUACUGUGUUGUGGAGCGGGUGGGAGCGGGAGCAGGAGGUGGAGGAGGAGGUCUGGGGGAGGUGGGAGAGGAGCAUGCUGAGUUUGUGUUGGUGCGUCGUGACCUCCUCUUCUCCCAGCUAGUAGAGACGGCUCUGCUGGCCCUGGGGUACUCGCUUCAUGCAGCCGUGCAAGCACAGGGCAUCAUUAAAGUGGGACGCUGGAGGCCGAUGCCCAUCCAGCUGCUAACGGACGCUCCUGAGGCCACAGUGGCCGACAUGCUGCUGGACGUUUAUCACAUGGUCACCCUACGCAUCCAGCUGCAAAGCUAUGCCAAGCUAGAGGACCUGCCUUGGGAGCAGUGGACCCACUCCACAGUGCGGUUCGCCCUAAAGGAGCUACUCAAGGAGAUGAACCAGAACUCCCUGGCCAAAGAGUGUCCACUGACUCAGAACAUGAUCUCCUCCAUUGUUAACAGCUCCUACUAUGCCAACGUCUCGUCCUCCAAGUGCCAAGAGUUUGGGCGCUGGUACAGGAAAUACAAGAAGAUCAAAGGGGAGUAUCAGGAGAAGCUGUGGCAUGGUGGGAGGGGCAAGCCUGAAAUCAAAGUGGAGAGGGACGCCCUGGCAGACCUCUGCUCCCUGGGCCAGCGCCCCUCGCCUCUCCUGCCCUCUCUCACUUCAGCUCAGCCCACCACCAUCACCACCAGCAGCAGCAGCACCAGCAGCCAUCGCACCCCAAAUCCACCUCCCAGCAUGCCCUCUCCUUACCCCCCAGCCCUCCACUCCCCCGGGGGCCUCCCCACUCCCCAACACCUUGCCGCUCCCCCUCCGACCGUCCUGGGCCCUGGAGGACUCCUGCAAUCCCAGCUCUCCCCACAGCUGGUGCGGCAACAGCUGGCAAUGGCCCACCUCCUCAACCAGCAGCUCGCCUUCAGCCGCCUCCUGGCGCACCCCCACCCAAACGCCGGCCCGCACCCACACCCGCACCCGCACUCACCGCUCAACCAGCAGUUCCUCAACCACCCGCCCAUCCCGCGCUCCAGCUCGGCCAAGGGCCCUGAGGGCACGGGCGGCACAACGGGGGGCGCCCCCUCGGCGCAGGACGUUCCGCCGGACAUCUACAAGCAGGUGCGGGAGGAGCUGAGGAGGGCCAGCGUCUCACAGGCGGUGUUCGCCCGCGUGGCCUUCAACCGCACACAGGGUCUCCUCUCUGAGAUCUUGCGUAAAGAAGAAGACCCUCGCUCUGCAUCUCAAUCUCUGCUGGUGAACCUGAAGGCGAUGCAGAGCUUCCUGAGUUUGCCCGAGAGCGAGAGGGAUCGCAUCUACCAGGAGGAGAGGGAGAGGAACAGCAGCAGCAACGCCUCCAGCCUCACACACACACCCAGUAGUAGCCCUGCAGCAGGGAGACACAUACAGACGAAGGCUCCUCCUCCUCCUCUUCCUCACGUGGAGUUGCCGAUCAAGUUUGAGUCGCUGCUCAGCAUCACCGCCACCAUCUACGACGAGAUCCAGCAGGAGAUGAAGAGGGCCAAGGUCUCCCAGGCACUGUUCGCCAAGGUGGCCGCCAACAAGAGCCAGGGUUGGCUCUGUGAGCUGUUGCGCUGGAAAGAGAACCCGAGCCCAGAAAACCGGACCCUGUGGGAGAACCUGUGCACCAUCCGCCGGUUCCUGAUGCUGCCACAGGCCGACCGUGACGGCGCCUAUGAGGAUGAGUCCCGGCACCACCACGCUGAGCGCGCUCACAGCCUGGCUGCUGAACUACAGGCACAACAUCGGCAGCACAUUCAGACUCUGAAGGAACCUUUGCCCAUGCACAUAGAGCCAUCGCCCAUCAUGCUUUCCGAAGAGGCCAGUGUGGUCACUCAGAGGCUUACUGUGACCAGCAAAAGUGGCAGUAGCAGUGGCAGCAACGUCAGUGGCACCGGGGCUGGUAGCGGUGGCGGCAGCGGCGGCUCCAAGAAGCCGCGUUCGCGCACCAAGAUCUCCCUGGAGGCGCUGGUGAUCCUGCAGAGCUUCAUCCAGGACGUGGGCCUGUACCCGGACCAGGAGGCCAUCCACACGCUGGCCGCCCAGCUGGGCCUGCCCAAGAACACCGUGGUCAAGUUCUUCCAGAACCAGCGCUACCACGCGCGCCACCACGGCCGUGUCAAGGAGCCCACUGGAGACGCCGAGGCGGAGGAGGACGAGGACGAGGCAGCGGUGGGGGAGGAGGAAGAAGAGGAUGAGGGGGAGGAAGAGGAGGUACCACUGGAGGGGGAAGUUCCGUGCGGAGACAGGGACGAAAUUCACCCCCGCCAUGAGGAGGCGCUCUCGAGCCCGGACGAAUCGGUGAGUGGAAGCAACGGAACACUGAGAACGGACGGGAGCAGGACAGGAGAGCGAGGGGAGAGGGGCAACAGAGGAGAGGAGGAGGAAGAGGAGGUGCAGAAGGAGCCCAUGGAGGAGGAGGAGGUGUUCCCCCGCUCCUGUGUGUGUGUCACCUGACGUGGUCAGCUCCCCGGACAUGGCCAAACAGCAGAGAUAGCAGCGUUCUCACAGGAGGACGGUACAGAGAGAGAGAGAGAGAGAGAGAGAGAGAGAGAGAUGAAAAGGCCCCGCAUGUAGAAGUCAUACACACAGAGACUGUCAAUCAAACUCACUGAUUGUCAUCAUCAUCAUGUUCCUACAGGGAGCGGUCCUGCAGUGGGACUUAUGUACAAAGGUUUGAGCAACCAAAAAGAAAAUAAUGAAAAUAAAAAGCAAGUUCCCGCAGUGGUAAACGACCUAUUCAUGAGACUGGACUAACUGUGAUCAGACAUUUUUUCAGCUGCUUGUCUUGUGUCUCCCCUGUUUCCCACUUCCCGGAAAUCUUCUCUGAUCCCUCGUUCCUCCAUCAUUCCUUCAUCCCUUCAUCCCAAAGUGCAGGAAGAGACCCAGAAUCUUACUUAGAACCCGUUUACACAUACAGGCCACCUGCCCAUGCAUUACAGUCACUUGGCUCAUCAUCAUCCGCUGUAGUGAGACUGACUGUUGCAUGCUAGCACCCCCGGACUCACACAUCUUACACACAGACUGUGUGUGUUUAACUUGAUUAUACCAACACUUCGACUUGGCCCUAUUUAUUGAUAUGAGUUAUCUACAAAUGUUUUGUUUUUUGGGGGUUGUGUAAUGUGUUUUGUUUCUCCGAUUGGUGUCUUUGUGUGAGACUACGAAGGCCGCCAGGGGUCAUUUGGUGGAAACAUAUUUAUGUGAGAAUCUGAUUAAUUAAUCAUGCAAACCAAUAUGAUGAACCACAUGAACACCCAUUGGAAUGCCACAUUCAUGAGAAACUGAUGAGGUCUCAAUAACAGCUGAUUUACUUGUUGUGAGAAAAAGAAAAUACAUUUUUGAGACAAGAAAUUCUCCUUUGAGCAGGUUCAUAAAUAGAGGGUACGGACUAAUAAACUAUGUGCAUGGAUUAAUAGAGACGGAAUCGCGACUUAAUAGAGUGGAAAUGAAGUGACUAUCAUGCUGUACAUGUUGGUAUUUUAUCAUUACAUAUUUUUGAAGAUUUAUGUUUCCCUAAAGUGUCUCUUUAUAGUAGUUAACAUUAUGGAUUACAUCUGUAAAUGGUCUAUGGUGAUACAGCAAGUUGAAUCUGCAGGCGCAGUUUGUCAAUAUAAACACACAGUUAUCUGGGCUUACAGUUGAAUUCAUCCAUUUCCUUGGUUUAUUAGUCUGUUCAAUAUUUCCACAUAUGUAUUUAUGACCCUUGCUGUGCUCCGUAGAAGACAGUGUGCUAAUCUACAGGCAAUGGUUGAGAUACUAUGAUGAGGCUUGCACAAGUUCAAAUGUCAGAGACUUGCUGUGACCAGGAAAAGUGACAGAGUAGCAGUGGCAUCGGGGCCAAAGAUAAUGACAGGGUAUAAUCAAACUGCAAAAAUCUGAUGAAUUGAAAUUGUGUUUUUGACAAUAAAUAUAAUGAGAUCAAUGAAAGGAACCUAAUUUCUGUGCAUUGUGAUGAUACAGGCCUUUUAAUUGUUAACACAAAUGGAUGAAAACUACUGUCUUUGAUUAUCAUUACCUAUAAAUAAUCAUUUCAA